AAUCAUGGCUUUCUUAUCCGGACACGUUUAACCCAUCGAACCCGCCCUAAACCCUCGGUCUACGGCAUUUCAUCUCAAAGCAAUCUAUUGUCUUAAAUUAAUAAACAAUUCACACGACCCAAUAAGAGAUUCUCUUCCUCGCUUCUUCUACAUAUAAAUUCAACCCUCUUUUCCCUCAACUUUUAUCUUUUCCGGUGAAACCAAUCAGCUUCUCCGAUGAGGCCGCAUAAAAGGCCGAUCCACGCUGUCACGACAUGGGUGCGACGACAGCCGCCCAAGGUCAAGGCUUUUUUGGCGGUUGUGUCUGGGAUGGCUGCUCUCGUCUUGCUCAGAUUCAUUGUACAUGAUCAUGACAAUCUCUUCGUCGCUGCCGAAGCUGUGCACUCUCUCGGGAUCAGUGUCCUUAUAUACAAGCUCAUGAAGGAGAAGACUUGCGCUGGACUAUCACUGAAGUCCCAGGAAUUGACAGCUAUGUUUUUAGCUGUCAGGUUGUAUUGCAGCUUUGUGAUGGAAUAUGAUAUACAUACCUUACUUGAUUUGGCUACAUUGGCAACGACUCUGUGGGUUAUUUAUAUGAUCCGUUUCAAAUUGAGGGCUAGUUAUAUGGAGGACAAAGAUAACUUUGCAAUAUAUUAUGUGGCGUUACCCUGUGCUAUUCUAGCAUUGUUUAUUCAUCCAUCAACAUCUCAUAAUCUAUUGAACAGGAUUUUAUGGGCAUUCUGUGUAUACCUGGAAGCUGUCUCAGUACUACCACAGCUGCGGGUCAUGCAGAAUACAAAGAUAGUUGAACCAUUCACUGCACAUUAUGUAUUUGCAUUGGGUGUUGCAAGGUUCUUGAGUUGUGCCCAUUGGGUUCUCCAGGUUUUAGAUAGUCGUGGGCACUUGCUGGUGGCCUUGGGGUAUGGAUUAUGGCCUUCUAUGGUUCUUAUCUCAGAAAUUGUCCAGACUUUCAUCUUAGCAGACUUUUGUUAUUAUUACAUCAAAAGUGUGUUUGGAGGACAGCUUGUUCUCCGCCUGCCCUCAGGAGUUGUGUGAGUGAAGAUCCUGGUGUGCUCCUUGAACAACAUUGCUUUUGAAGAUUAAUGUUUUUAGGCAAUGUUGUUGCAAAAUUUUUUUUCCCCAUACAGGUUUCUCCCCUCGCUGUUACAACUGGAAGUAAAGUAGGCCGUUUGUAAAUUUGGGGAUGCAAAAACUCUGCUCCGAUGAAUAUGAUUGAUAUUUGGAAAACAUAAUUUUGAUAGUUGGAUUACUUAUUUUGUCAAUGGCAAUGCUGAUCCUUUUACUGAA